AUGCCAGCCGCGGCUGAGCGCGAUGAACGUGGUGCUUCGGGGCUCCAAGAAACGAUGGAGGUGGCUGCCAUGGUCGCUGCAGGUCUUGGGCUGGGUGAAACAGCCCUCGAACAUCUUCCUCAGGACCGUCCCAUGUCCCCUGCUGCAGAGGAAGCGACGCGCGAGCUCGCCUCACAACCACACAGCAGCCCGGCCUCGCCUGAGAUGGCGCAGGAGCAGGACAUCUCGCCUAUGCCACGCCGGCUAUCCAUGGUACGAUCGAGCACCGAGUCGCCAACAGCCGUGCCGUUGCACUUCCGUCGGCCACCAAGUUCUCCGAAGCUGCAGCGCGUUGUUCCUACCACCUCGCCGACUCCCAUGUCUCCCAGCUCCCCAAAUCAGCCACGCCAUCGUCGACCCAACUCAACAGAGUUCCGCAACUCGCGUGAAUUCCGUCCACUGUGGCUCGUCGAGCGUCACGGCUCAGCAAAGGCAGAACCCGAGCCGGAAGAGCCCCUGCCUUCCCUCCCAUCAAGUAAGAGCUCUUCGCGCGCCCCAUCAGUCGAAGACCUCCGAUCUCUCAAUGAACAAGAUGAUAUGAGAAGCUGGGAGCCCGCCGACCUGGGCGACUCGAUUAUGGACCGCCGCCGCCUGUCCGGCCUCGCCAUCUCGAUCGACACCGCCAAUCAGGCCCAUGACGCAGUCGACCCGGAUCUGCUUGAUUCGCAGCAGACAACGCCAACUGCGAUGAGUUUCGGAGAAGCUACCGCUGCGUUGUCUGCGAAGAAAGAGAAGCCCAAGUAUGAGUUCCAUUCUCCGUCUGAACUUCUGCAGGACCCGAGCGUGCUUGAUGAAUUGCCUCCCUCGCCUACUCUGGAGGCCCUUCCCUCGGCUGAGGGGUCAAUGGUUGGCACUGGUACCAGAGAUUUGGCUGAAUCGGAAGAGAGCAGUGUUGGACAUAAGUCAUUUCCCGGUGUUGAUUUAGGAAAGGCACCCGGGUUUGGCGGCCUUGUUGAUGCGGCUGUUCUGGCGGCUGUGAAGGGGCGCGAGAAGCCGAUAUCUCCCUCCCACGACAAAGACAGUACCGAGUUAGCUGCACUGCCGAAGGAUUCUUCCCCUGAAGCCCGCAAGAUCCAUGAUUUUGGCAACAUCGUCGAUGUAGCAGUUAUGUCCAAGACGGCUCGCCAUAAUCAAGAACCUACCAACGAAGCCCUAGGCGAGCCAGGCACUGCGAUUGAAGAGCCCUUGCCCACUGAACGGGAGCUUGAACCCGCAUCAGUUUCGUUUGCCGAACCAGCCGCUGACGAAGUUGGCACGACGCAGUCCUCCAAGAAGAAAAAGAAGAAGAAGGGCAAGAAGAGUCAAGCCAGCCAGAGCGUUGAUUUGACCCCUUCGGCAUCUGUACCCGUGGCAGAGGAACCGGCUCCUGUUGUGGAAGAAUUAGAGCCCGAUUCCUGGGAUACGGAGACUCUACCCGCACUCGCGAACGACAAGGAGGAGACUCUUGCUUCUCAAGCCGAAACCGAGCCCACUGAUACAUCCAGAGACCUUGAUUCCUUUGCUCUGGAGAGUGAGCCCACUCAAGCUGCGGAGCCGAUUCAUGUCGAUGAACUCGAGACUGCACCAGAAGCUGCACUGACUACUCCGGUUGAGCCGCUGGAACAGCCUGAGGAUACUGCUGGUCUGUCGAAGAAAGCCAAGCGGGAGAAGAAGAAACAGAAGAAAAAGGCGAAGAGUAUCUCCCUUGCAGAGGAUUCAGAGGAUGCUCCUGUUUCGAAGGAGGGCGAAGAGCUGCAACAGGAAAAGGGCAUGGAAAUCUCUCCAGAAGAUCCACGGGAUGAGAUUAUUCCUGAGCCGGCUGUUCAUGCAGCGCAGGAUUCAGUUCCUUCCGGCGAGCCUGCAUUGUUUGAGGCAGUUGUGCCUGAGACACGGGAGAUCGACUAUGCUGGAGCAGCUUUUGUCGAAGCUGACAGUACUCCGGAGCCUGAACAGAAAUCGGAUGAUACCAUCUCCGCACCUUCUCUUAACGACAACACCGCUUCGACUGACAAAGGAGAUAUCGAGACCGAAGAGGAUGACUUCCACGAAGCCUUCGAGGAGCAACCCUUCCCGGUUGCGGAAACACGAGAGCUUGCACCAGAAGCGUCCACCGAUGCGAGGACGGAGACUCCGACCGAACUGCAGGAGCCCCUGACAGAGGAGGCUUGGGAAACGCAGCCCAAAAGGAAAGGCAAGAAGGACAAGAAGAAGCGUAAAUCCGUCGCUUUCGAUGACAUAGAUGUCCCAUCCGAGCCUACCCUUGCUCCCGAACCCAAGCCUGAGCCAACGGUAGAGGAACUGGAACUUGAGAAAUCGGUUCCUGCUGAGCCUGCAGAACCCUCUUCAACUGGCGCGGCGGAGGCACUGGCUGAUGUUGAUCCUACUGUCACGGAUUUAACGUCAACAUCUGAGACUGCUGCGGAUGAGCCUGCUCCCAUCUCAGAACAGGACUCUGCAGACCGCGCUGUUGCGGAAGAAGUGCUGCCCUCUACAGAGCCGGUGGACCGCAGCGAGGAAGCUUCUCGAGACGUUUUUGAGCAGCCUCCACCUCAAGAGCAACCUGAAACGGAGGUUGAGGCUGAGGUCCAGGUCGAAGCACCCUUGACCGCGGCACAGAAAAAGAAGGCCAAGAAAGAGAAACAGAAGAAGAAAAAGCAACAAAGUGUCUCUUCUAUUCCUGACGAGGAUAAGCCUACUGAACCCCAACCCGCCGAGCAGCUCGCUGAGGAUGUUACUUCUGCUGUACCCGACGCUGAAGCUGAGCCUACCAGUAGCUCCAAGGAUAUCCCCCCGACGGUCGAGGAUGUCUCCGUUGAGGCGUCUCUUGAAGAAGCCAAGAAUGAGGAGUCUCUGGAGCCUGAGCAACCGAAGGAAGAUGAGGCACCGUCCAGCAAUUUUCCGGAAUCUGCAGCGGAGGUGGCAGAGGCUGAUAUUUCGAGCGAGCAACCUCAAGAGCCCCCAACAGAGCCCGCAGAGUCCGAAGAUCCUCCUGCCGAGCCCGAGGUUUUCAUGACAGCAUCUCAGAAGAAGAAGGCCAAGAAGGCGAAAAAGAAGCAGCAACAGCAACAGCAAAGUAUUAGCUCAAUUACUGACAGUGAGAAGCCUGAUGAAGCUGUGUCCCGGCCUGAUACCGAAACUACAGACACCAGCAAGCUGCCCUCUACCGUUGAUCCUGAGGCUGAGGUCCCUGAUUCGGAGUCUGCCGAACCUCCUCAGACCAGUGAAGAUGCUGCGCCUGCGACUGAGAUUGAGAUACCGACUACGGCAGAUGAGCAAGCUGCUGAGCUCCCUGAUCUGGAAUCUGCCGAAUCUCCUCAGACCAGUGAAGAUGCUGCGCCUGCGACUGAGAUUGAGAUACCGACUACGGCAGAUGAGCAGACUGCUGAGGUUCCUGAUCUGGAGUCUGCCGAAUCUCCUCAGACCAGUGACGAUGCUGCACCAGCGACUGAGAUUGAGACACCGACUACGGCAUAUGAGAGAGCUGCUGAGACCGCGGUUGCACCCCAUACAUCCGACAAGAUAGCUAUUCCAGCAGAGGUGUCAUCCGAAGAACAGCAGAACCAGCCAUCUGUUGAAAUCAAUCAGCAAAAGGAUGAAGAAUCAUCUGCUACGGAUGCUUCAAUUGCUCCAGCAGAACCGGAGCCUGUCCAGGAAGAACCCGAGACUCCGCCACCAGAACCAGCUGUGCCUUUGACUGCAGCCCAGAAGAAGAAAGCCAAGAAAGAGAAGAAGAAGCAGCAGCAAAAACGGCAGUCAACGCAGCUGGAUGAGCAGGCCGCACCCGAACCUAAGCCUGCUUCAAUCGACGACAAUAAUGCUGAGAUGGAGCCUACGACAUCUGCCGAGGCACAACCUUCUCUAUUUGACGAGGCAAAGGUGGCGGAGGAGAUGACCGCAACCGAGUCGACACUAGUAGAGGCAGACCGUGAACUCGGCCUGGACGAGCAGUCGCAAAAUAUCAUCAACCCCGCCGAAGAAGCUACUCCAGAGGCUCCCGUGGAAGAAUCAGCACUUGAUUUGGUCGGAGCGUCUGAACUAGGUACGGAUGCUCAGGAUCCGAGCAAAGGUAAAAUCCUGACACCAGUCGCCGAUUAUGCUCUUGCUUCAACAGAAACCGGCCAAGAAGAUCCUGCGGACGAUACACCCACGAUCAAGGAAUCCACCCUGGACUCGUCCGCCGAGGUCAUGGCUCCGGAUGAUAAGGUGAUAUCUGAUCAACCCGCAGAGGAUGCAGCCACCCCUGCGGAAGCCGAGCAAGACCAAUCCGUAGAAGAGGUGGCUACUGCUUCGCCUGAGCCGUCGGAAAAUGCAGUCUCAGAACAGGUUGAAGAGUUGCAGCCUGUCUCAUUUGCUAAAUCUAAGAAGCAGAGGAAGAAGGAUAAGAAGAAGCGUCAAUCACUUUCUCUGGAUGAUGAGCCGCAACCCGCUCCUGUUGAGGAAGAAAGAUCCACUGGGCCUGCGUCCACUGAAAUCACAGAAGAGCCUGCGUCCAUUGACAAGGAGGAGUCUCUUACUGAAUCCGAAGUUGCCAAUCACUUGGAGGAAGUUGUUGUUUCGCCUCAGGAAGACCAGCAACCUGAAGAGCCAUUGACUGAGUCCGGCACACAGCAGGAUAUCGCUCCCGAAGAACCUGCAGCCGAACUUGGGGAGGCGGACUUCCAGCCUGCAGUCUCCAAGAAGCAGAGGAAGAAAGACAAGAAGAAGCGCAAGUCUGUCGCUUGGGACGACGAGACCACUGCCGCCCAGUUUGAGCAGCCCCCACCUGAACAAGAUCCGUCCGUCGCUGUUGAGAAUGCCCAGUCGGAAGAAGCAAAGGCUGUCGAAGAACCCUCUGAUCAGCAGACAGAGGCAACAGCAGCAGAGAGCACGGAGGCAACCGAGCUCGUCGCAGACAAAGAGAUCACCGAGGAGGUUGAGCCCACUCUACAAGAACAAGAAGCCAAGACCGAAGAGGCUCCCCCAACGUUCACCAAGUUAACUGAAACCGCUGAAACCCUCCCAGAGGUUGCUUCUUCCGAAGAGCCUCUUCAGCUGGCAACCAGCCCAGCCACCGAAUCUGACAUCGCUACAUCCGCUGACGCCACAAAGGACGUGGAGGAAACUGAAGCGGAAAGCGCACCAAGAGUCCCCACUGAAAGCAAUGAACAACCGGAAGAUGCUGCCGAUUCCUUAACCUCGCCUGAUCAACAAUUACAGACUCCAGAUGAGGCCGAGUCCCAAGCUGCUUCAGCGACGGAACCGAAAGAAGAAGUCGCUUUAUCUGCCAAGGAGCGCCGCAAGCUGAAGAAAAAGGAAAAGAAGAAGGGGAAAUCCGUGGAUUUGAAUGCUGAGGAACCUGCUGCCCCGGAACCGACGCAGGAACAACAGGACAUUCUCGACGCUCAGGACGAUUCGCUGCAGACUGCGAAGCCUGAGAUCGUUGAGGCAUCUGGUCUUGACGCACCCGCAGCAGAUGAUGCGAAGGCUGUUGAUGCAGGCGCUGAUGCAGAGGUGGAGGCUCCUGCUGAGAAAAAUAUUGGCGAUGAGCAACCCGUUGUUCAAGAGGACUCUCAACCCGAACAGCUCGAGACAAGGGAGAUCGACACCGAUGCAGUUGCCGACGAAGAAGCUGCACAACCUGAGUCGGAAGCAGCUGGAACUCCAGAAAUGUCCAAAACCAAGGAAACAGACGUUCAACCGCCGGCUGGUGAGACUGAGACGGUGGCCGAGCCGGAGCCAUCUCCUCCUCAAAUCACCACGGAGCCCGAGGAAGAGGUGGGAAUGUCAGCCAAAGAACGUCGCAAGGCAAAAAAGAAAGACAAGAAGCGACGGUCCAAGAUUCUCGAUGCCGACGACACAACUUCUGAUGCUCCCACAGACGAACCGACCCCGGAAUCGGUCCUGACAGAAAGCACUCCUGCCGACGUCACCCAAGACGCCACAGAAGUUUCUCCUCUCGCUGAAAUGGACACCAUGGAAACCUCUGCACCCGUGACGGCACCCUCGCCAGCGGAAGAUGACGACGGUAAAGAACAACAGUCCUGCGACAUAGACACGCACGACGCGCCGGCAAAUGAUUUGGCUUCGACUGAUGAGUUUGUCUUUUCGCAGGUAGAGCAGUUGCAGCCGGAGGGUCUUCCUUCAGAUUAUUAUACCCAGCCCGUGCUUGAGCGUGGCGUUGAGUCAAAGGAGACGGAGAAGGAUUUUGUUCAGGAGGAGCGAGGUGUUGAAUCAGUGGUUCUAGAACAGGAAUCGUCAACCAAGAUUGCAGAGGAUAGUCAGGAUGUUGAACCCGAGAGAGAAGGCUUUGAGGAUAAGGAGAAUGUGCAGGAUCCUGUAUUCGAGAAGGAGGCUGAGGCUGGGACGGCUGAGACUUCUGCCACCGUUGAGACGGUCGGUGCCAAUGAUCCGAUUGAACAGGACGAGCUGUCUGCCGGGCAGACUCAAGAACAAUUCGCUGGAGUGAAUGUUGAAGAAGCGCCCGCGCCCGCAGAAGAAGAGGCAUGGCAGUCCAAUUCAUCGAAGAAGCAAAAGAAGAAGGAUAAGAAGAAGAAGCAGAAGCAACAAGUCCAGGUUGAAGAGCAAAUCCCGCCUCCUGAACCCGAACUUUCUGCAGUCAACGGCAAAGACCAGUCUGAAAUUCCGCCUUCCACCGACACUGAAGCCGAACAAACAGUUCCCGAAGUUGAGAGUGAAUCAACCCUCGAAGACACUCCAGCAGAGCAAGCCAAAGACCUGAACGACGAACCUGUUUCUCAACCAUCCGAAGCUGAACCCAGCGAAAAGAUGAUAACAUUUGAGACGCCUGCGGUCGAUUCCGAAGGUUUCGAAGCGGCAUCUCUGUCAAGAAAGAAGAGCAAGAAGGAAGAGAAAAAGCAACGUGAAGCUUUACUUGCUCAAGAAGCAGAUGCCGACCUCCGGGCCCAAGAGCAACCAGUAGCCGAGACUCCUGAGGUCUCUGUGUCCAAUGCCGAAGCUGCAGAGAGCCAACCGACUGCAGACGAGACAUUGGAAGACCAGCCUGUUGUUGGACCUGCUGAUGUCGCAGCUGAGACAGCCGAGGAUGUCCUCAAAGAUACUGGUGAGCAGCCAGGAGACAUUGCAGAGCAAGAGACUGCAGAAAGCGCUGUAGUAAAAGACGGUUUAGUUGAUACACCAUCCGCAGAAGCCCACACAGAUGAAGCAGAAGAGUCUCUUAUGCCCAUAACCCGGGAUACCACGGCAGACGUUCCACCUGCAGAAACAGCAGCCACGGAGCAAACUUCGGAUGAGCCUAUGGUGGAGCCCGAGGAAGAGUGGCCAGCCUUCACCAGCAAGAAGAGCAAGAAAAAUAAAAAGAAGGCGGCCGCCGCUGCAGCUGCAGCUGCUGCCAUGGCCGUCGAAUUUGCUACUCAAGAUGACAAUCCCGUCGAGUCAAUGGAUGAGCCAACCGCUGUUUCUGGACAGCCCGCUGACAAUGUGGCAAAGCAAGCUUUGGAGCAAGAACAGUCUUCCAAAAUCCCAGCAGAGCCUCGACCGGAACCUGUUUCGAAGGAAUUUGAAGACCUGGCAGCACUCUCGACUGGAGAAACUAACGAGGAGGCUACAAUAAAUCUGGAGGCCCGCAAACAAGAAGCUCCAGAGCAGGAGCCCACUCCAGAGCAGCUCUCGGAAGAAACCGUACCUGUGGAACUCCCUACCCGCAAGCUAUCCAAGAAAGAGAGGCAGAAGGCAAAGAAACAAGCAAAGCGGAAACCUACAGACUUUACUGCUUUCACCGAAGAUCCAUCUGAUUUUCCUGAGCCUGAACCUUCAGAGCCUGCCGUUGCUCCUACGGAGUCUAUCGAACAAUCUGCACAGGAACCAGCUCCUGGGAUUGAGCUUUUUACCACGGAAACAUCAACAGAAGUUGUCCCCGAGCCUGAACCUGAGCACCUGGAAGAUGAUUCUGCUCCUACAGUGGAGGAAUCUGCUGUUAUACCAAAAGAGACCCAACCACAAAGCGCUGAAGAAGACCAGGCCUUUGUCUCGUUAGACCCAUUUGACACCCCUCACUCUCCUCAGGCCGAGGGUCAAGAUCGCGCCUUUGAGACUCCUGAGCAGAGCGCCAUUGAAGAAACCCAGGACCUGCAACUUACCCCCGAGCAACAAUACGAGAAGGAUGAAGAGGCUGAAUCUCGACUGCGGGGCCAGGUCCUUGAGAAGGCGGCCGACUUGGAGGUGGCUGAAGAUAUGUUCGAAGACCGACCUCGUGAGCCCAAAGUGCCCGCGCCUCCUUCGAGAAAACUGUCGAAAAAGGAGAAGAAGAAGUUGAAGAAGAGAGGCGCUACGGAAGACACGCCGGUCCAGGAAUACGAAGAGCCUCCAGUUGAUACACCCGCAGAGCUUGAAACAGCAAUUCCGGCGCCAGAACCUCAAGUAGAGCAGCUAGAGUCUACAGAUGAUGCUCAGCCUCCAGCGCGGCCGGAAUCUACAAUGGAGCCGGUUGAUCUAGAGCCGACAGCAACAGUUACUGAGCCUGUUCAAGACGAAUGGGAGGUGCCGCUUUCCCGGAAGGCAUCGAAGAAGCAGGCUAAAAAGGCCAAGAAAGCAGCCCAAGCCUUGGAAUGGGAGCUGGCGGCCGACACAGAAGUGAACGAGCCGGCAACAACCGUGCCUGUCCAAGAAGAGAAGGAUUUAAUUGCGACAGAGAUGGAAAAAGCGAAAGAAACACGUGCGGAUGAAGAUGAUUGGCCUACGAUUGAGUGGGAGAAGGGCAAUGUUGAAAACUCGGCGCAAUCGCCGGAUCAGCCUCCUGAAUCUGAGCCGGUGACGCUUUCGCAGGACGCGGAGAUUAUUGGAGGGUUUGAUGAAGCUGCGGUCCCGGCCGCUGUGAAAGAGACCGAGGAUGGACCAGAUGAUGGUUUUAUGGCAGAGGCUUGGUCAAUGCCUCUGAGCAAGAAGGACAAGAAGAAGGCGAAGAAGAACAAACGCAAGUCACAACAGCAAGAAGCCAUGGAAGAAGAACCCGAGCAAACAGUGGCCGAGUCCAUUCCGGAGCCUGCUCCAGGAACAACAACCCCCAAGGACAUCGAGCUCGAAGCACCUGCAAAAUCGACAGCUGCCAAGGGAAGCAAGCUUGCUAAUCUCUUCCCCGGCUUGGAGCGCAGUGGCUUUCGACGGCCCCUCCUGGCAACCUCAUCCGGACCGCCAUCAGAUGAUACUCUGGUAGAGACUGUAGCGGACCCGGAAGCCAGUCGUGAGAUAGAAGCACCCACCGCGAUCUCUGAAUCCAAAGACAAUAUCGACAUUCCCGGCGACGAACUACCAUCAAGCGGUGAACGGGAGCUGGAGUAUGAGCCUACAACCCCAACAGAGCAACCUACAACUGCUACGGAGGAAGAAUCACCUACUGAUCCAGAUCUCCCGGCUUUUGCGAGAUCGCUGGCUGCAUCAUCGCCGCCACCUGCGCCUCAAUCAGCUACCAAGGAGCGAUCGUCGUUGCUUUUCAGCUCUUCACCUUCUACUCGGACGGAGAUCGACUCGGCAUCGCCUAGGCAUUCCCUGCCAUCUCAAGCACAUUUGGCGGCCGACGAUUCGCAUUGUGGAAUCCGUCGAACUCCAUCUGUCAUCCAUGGACGGCACCAGCACACUCCCCGGACAUGGAGUCUGGAAGAGGCAGCGCUGCAAGCUGAGCGAAAACCGUCGCCGCCGCGGUCUCUUUUUGGAGGCCCAAUCGACGCUGAGCGGCCCCGGACUCCGCUGGAUCCCAUCGCGGAACAAGACCCAGCGGACGGCGGGCACGCAACCACAGGCACUCGCAGGACGCCCCGUCUGGAGAUCAAGCCCGAACAUGUCCUGCCGCGACCACAGACUCCCGUGCGCCAAUUUACAGACACUGCACACGGCCGAGAGAGAUGGCCGACGCCGGAGCACGAGAAGAAACAAAAACACAAGAGCCCCGAGUUGCAGCACCCGCCAGAGCUGCGACCCAGCGGCAGCAACAGGAGCCUGCGUCACACCCGCAGUAAUGGCGCUAGUCGGGCGCUAGAUCCCCAGCCUCCCCCCGAUCUCGAUCCCGACGCUCUGCCUUCUUCUUCCUCCUACGAUCCCGUCAACGACAAGGGCAAGCGUCCCCUGCGCACUAUGACCGAUGUCUAUGGAUGGGGCGAAACCCCCAGCUCCCCGCGGUCGCCCAGCCGACCGCCCAGCGUCCACCGCCGCCGCAGCAUGCAACACCUCCAAACCCUCGAAUCCCGCCUCGACCAACUCAUCUCUGAGAACCGUCUCCUCAUCGCCGCCCGUGAUGAAGCCGAGGAUCGGCUGCGCAAUGCCAGCGUCGCUCGGCGCAAGAGCGACCAGGCUCUCAACACUCGCGGCGCUGAUCUGCGGGACAAGGAGGCCGAAGUCGAGCAGCUCAAGACCUCGGUGGACUGGCUGCAGAGGGAAAUGUCCCGCCUGACCCAGGAGAAUGAGGGGUUGACAGCCUCCAAUGCUGCCCUCGCCGCCGCCCAUGCGGACGAAGUCAACAAAGUCCGCGAGUCGUCGACACGCGAAUUGGACGAUCUCCGAUCACAACAUAACGAUCUGUCGUCACAGAUGGACGACCGAGUCCGGCAGGAGAUUGAAUCCGCCCUCGCGCAAAAGGAUACCGAACUGCGACGACUGCGCGAAGAAUUGGAAGAGGCUCGCGAUAAGGUGAAGGAACUGCAGCAACAAAUCGCUGCGUCACUACAUGAUAACGCUCUCGUCUUCCGAGACGAGGACUACUUUGACGCUGCAUGCCAGAAGCUGUGUGGCCAUGUGCAACAAUGGGUGUUGCGCUUCUCCAAGCACUCCGAUCACCGUCGCUGCCGCACUCUAGCCGAACUAAACGAUGAGAAGAUCGCCGACCGGUUUGACAACGCCCUUCUCGAUGGCUCUGACGCCGAUGCCUAUCUGUCGGACCGCGUUCGUCGCCGCGACAUCUUCAUGUCGGUGAUCAUGACCAUGGUGUGGGAGUAUGUCUUCACUCGGUACCUGUUUGGCAUGGACCGGGAACAGCGCCAGAAGCUCAAGUCGCUGGAGAAACAACUCGUGGAAGUUGGACCGCGUCGUGCCGUCCAUCGCUGGCGCGCCACUACCCUGACGCUCCUCUCCCGACGCCCGGCCUUUGCCUCCCAGCGCGAAAAUGACACCGAGGCAGUCGUCCUCGAGAUCUUUGACACACUGGCGCGUGUCCUGCCGCCCCCGUCGCACGCCGAGUCGCAACUGCUGGACUCUCUUCGCAAGGUGCUUCGGGUCGCCGUCAACCUGUCUCUGGAGAUGCGCACCCAGCUGGCGGAAUUUAUUAUGCUACCGCCGCUCCAGCCAGAGUACGAUACCAAUGGUGAUCUGGCACGGCAGGUUUAUUUUAAUGCGUCACUGAUGAACGAACGCAGCGGCCAGACCACCUCCAAUGAAGAUCUGGAGAACCAGCAAGCUGUCGUGCGCAUUGUGCUCUUCCCUCUCGUGGUCAAGAAGGGCAACGACGUCGGCGAGGGCGACGAUGAGGUUGUCGUCUGUCCGGCCCAAGUCCUGGUGGCCCGCCCGGGCAAGGACAAGAAGGUGGUGCGCAUGCUCAGCGGAGACCGCAUGUCCAUGGAUGCUUCCAAGUCCGUGUACAGCGUCGCACCUUCGAUGAUGGACACAAGCAAUAUGAUCUGA